UUUGAAUUAAAAAAAAAUCACAAACAGAUCCGACAAAUGUGGCUGAAGUUCUUCAAGAGGUGGCAAUCCUACGCAAACUGGACUCCGAUUGCAUCGUUAAACUGGUGGACAACUGGUUUACAGACUGCGAGAACACGCUAUGCAUUCAAUACGAGUAUUACGAGCAAACACUCGCCCACCUCUUGACCCUAAAGUCCGGGGUAUUUCCCGCGGGAAUGGACAACAUUAUACACCCGUUAGACUACUGUAUUAGCACGGCUCUAUUGGGAGACUUGCUCGGGGCAAUCGAUCACCUUGCUACUAAUAAUGUCGUACACACUAGACUGGCACCCGAGCACAUUUACUUGUGCGCACGUGGUCCGGUUAAUUGGCUGAAGAUUGGUCAUUUUGAGUCGGCAGUGGCGUUAAUCAAUGGGCUAGAUGUGCCUGGUAAAUGUCAACAGGAAUUUGGCGUGUUUGACGAUCUAGAUGAGAAGAUGUCACUAUGUCUCGCCAAAUACUUCGCGCCUGAAGUGGUCAGAAAUAUUGGCUAUAAUACCGACGCCGAUAUGUAUAGCGUGGGUGCGAUAGCAGAGUAUAUGUUUGGCCUAAACAUUACUGAGACAGCGAGAAGUCGCAUAACAUUUACCGACCACUCAAUACCACGCAAAUACUGCCGCAAACUCUACGAUAUUGUGGAGAAAAUGUCGGACAAAGAUCGUUCACUAAGACCUACAGCCCGUCGAGUAUUGGACACUCAAAGCGAGUAUGUGGUGUACGAUUACCUUGAUGUUAACUCUGCCCCAAUCAAGUCUAUCGUUAUGAGAAAUCCGGACUUUUUUGACAAUCCCUUUGUCCAAAAAUACCUCGCUCAUAAAUUGGCACUGAACAUGGUCGCUGAAGUUGUUGUGGCGUAA